AUGUGGCAGAGAGUCACCCAGUUGCCCCUAAUCCGAUGCGUUUAUCCAGGAGGCCCUCAAUUAGUUUCCUUCUGCAUGCACUAUUGUCAACAACUUGAAGUUCCGGAGGGAACACUGAAAAAAAGGCCAAAGGAUGGAGAUUACCAAUGUGCUGAGGACCAGUGGACUCUGGCUGAGAACAGAAAUGCAUUUUCGAGAAUUCUGUUUAGGCCCCGCAUUCUUAUUGAUGUUAGCAAGAUUGACAUGACCACCAGUGUCUUGGGUUUCAACAUUUCAAUGCCGAUCAUGAUCGCACCAACUGCUAUGCAGAAAAUGGCUCAUCCUGAGGGAGAGUAUGCUACAGCUAGAGCCGCAUCAGCAGCGGGAACAAUCAUGACACUGUCAUCAUGGGCCACGUCUAGCGUUGAAGAAGUUGCUUCAACCGGACCUGGCAUUAGAUUCUUCCAGCUUUAUGUUUACAAGGAUAGAAAUGUUGUUGCACAGCUUGUGAGGAGGGCUGAAAGAGCAGGUUUCAAAGCUAUAGCACUUACAGUGGAUACACCUAGAUUGGGACGCAGAGAAGCUGAUAUCAAAAACAGAUUUACUUUGCCACCAUUUUUGACACUGAAGAAUUUUGAGGGAUUGGAUCUUGGGAAGAUGGACGAAGCUGAUGACUCCGGAUUAGCUUCAUAUGUUGCGGGCCAAAUUGAUCGUUCUCUGAGUUGGAAGGACGUGAAGUGGCUACAGACAAUUACUUCACUGCCAAUACUGGUAAAGGGUGUGCUCACUGCAGAGGACACAAGGCUGGCUCUUGAGAAUGGAGCAGCUGGUAUUAUUGUAUCCAAUCAUGGAGCUCGCCAGCUUGAUUAUGUCCCGGCCACUAUCAUGGCUCUGGAAGAGGUUGUGAAAGCUGCACAAGGCCGCGUACCAGUAUUCUUGGAUGGAGGGGUUCGCCGUGGAACAGAUGUCUUCAAGGCAUUGGCACUAGGAGCCUCUGGUAUUUUUAUUGGACGACCUGUGGUUUUCUCAUUGGCUGCCGAAGGAGAAGCUGGUGUUAGAAAAGUACUCCAGAUGUUGCGUGAUGAAUUUGAGCUGACAAUGGCAUUGAGUGGUUGCCGUACGCUAAAGGAGAUCAGUCGCAACCACAUUGUAACCGAGUGGGAUGCUCCUCAUGCACUUCCAGCUGCUAGGCUAUAG